GUCUGGCUGGCUGGCUGAGUGAGUGCCUCGAUCAGCUGUUCUGCAGUCAACAUUACCACCCGUGCCUGCACUACGUCCUGUAUUCUCUCUCUCGUGUGUGUGUGUUUCUCUGUGUUUCCCAGUGUUUCUCGUCCCAAAGGUGGUGGCGGCGGUGGUGCAGGACAACACAGCCAUGGGAGACCAGCAGCCAAAGUUCAAAUUGCUGCCCAAGAUCCUGAAUGGAGGCAUUGCGGGCAUCGUGGGGGUGACAUGUGUGUUCCCGCUGGACCUUGUCAAGACGCGACUACAGAACCAACAGAUCGGACCCAAUGGCGAGCGCAUGUAUAAUUCCAUGCUGGACUGUUUCCGCAAGACCUACCGACAGGAGGGUUACUUUGGCAUGUACCGCGGCUCGGGGGUGAACAUCCUGCUCAUCACCCCAGAGAAGGCCAUCAAACUCACCGCCAAUGACUUCUUCCGCCACCACCUCACCACCAAGGAGGGCAAGCUGCCCAUCCAGAGGGAGAUGAUGGCUGGCGGUCUGGCUGGCAUGUGUCAGAUUGUUGUCACCACACCCAUGGAGCUCCUCAAGAUCCAGCUGCAGGACGCCGGGAGAGUGGCAGCACAGGCAGUGGCCACAGGUGGUAAUGCAGCCACUGUGCCCAAGAUCUCAGCCACCUCCAUCACCCUGCGUCUGCUGAGGGAGAAGGGCAUCAUUGGGCUAUACAAGGGCACCGCCGCCACCAUGCUGAGGGAUGUCUCCUUCUCCGUCGUGUACUUUCCGCUGUUUGCUCACCUCAACUCCCUUGGCCCCCGCAAGGCUGAUGGAUCAGGGGAGGCAGUGUUCUGGUGUUCCUUCUUGUCUGGCUGUGCUGCGGGCUCCCUGGCAGCACUGGCUGUGAACCCCUUUGAUGUGGUGAAGACACGCCUGCAGCUGUUGACUAAAGGCAGCAAUGAGACCCAGUACCGAGGGAUUGCACAUGCCAUUCUCACAAUCCUGAAGGUGGAGGGACCACGGGCAUUCUUCAAGGGUGGUGCCUGCAGGAUGAUCGUCAUUGCCCCACUGUUUGGCAUUGCUCAGAUGGUGUACUACUUUGGUGUGGGGGAGGCCAUCCUGGGGUACAAGAAGUGAGGGGGAAGCGCAGCCAGCAGCAGCAGCCACAGGAAGGAGGAGCUAAGUUGUCGCCGCCCACCAGGAGUCCUGGCAGCACUAUGAAGGGCACAAGGGCAGGCAGGGUGUUGAGGGUGUUGUGGGGUCGGUGGCACAGUAGUUGCAUGUUCUGUGUGGUGCACCAGGGAGCAGCAAUAGGUAUACUAGUAGUUUAGGGAAGGAGUUUUGGCAAGACUGAGUUUGUCCAUGUUGUUUUUUGACUGCCAUAUGUACAGUGAUGAGUUUUAUUUAGUAUUUUUCUAUUUUAUUUUUACACUUGAAUAGCAUAUAAAAAGUAUUUAACUCAUAAGUAGGUUCCCUUUUUUUUUAACAGAUUCUUGCCUUUUUUAUUCUACAUAAUUACAUGAAAGUAUUUAGACUGUAGGUUUUAUGAGCAAGUGAUAAUAUGCUUCAUACAGUAUUAAGUAGAACAGUCCAACUUUUUACUUAGGAUCAAUAACCACAUUGGAAUUCAACAUUUUGCUUCAAUACUCUUCAGUAACAAUAUCAUCACACUAACUUAACUGCUUGGCACAAGAGUAAGAUGUGUUAGAGCCAAUGACACUAUGAACAUUAGCAGCUGUGGAGUGCAGCAAGACUGCCAAGUGUCCUGUGGGGAGCCUGGCCUGGGGUGAGGGGUGGGGGAGGCAGAGGUGUAUACCAAACAUUCCUGUCAAGCUUGAGUCGCAGUGGCAGCGUCUCCCACUCCACAUACUGCAGUGAUUCCAUAGCAGCCUGGGUGGUGAUGCUCACUCUAGAAAAUUUGCAAUUAAUAGCUUAUCAAGGCUGAAGUAUAUGUGUGAGUGUAUUGAGAGAGAGAGAGAGAGAGAGAGAGAGAGAGAGAGAGAGAGAACCUAAAACCUACACCAGAUAUAUUUUUAUUUGAGGUACUCGGAUGCCAAGCUAAGUCAAAGCACCCUCUUCCUCCUCCUUGUGUGUUCCUUGAGUGUCAGUCUAGAAGUGCUGUGUGUGUGCUCUCUCCUGUGUGCUGUUCCCUGUAGCUCUUUCCUCACCAUCCCUCAUGCUGCAUCCCAACUGUAGUACAAAUAGGCUGUCCCCCCUAGUGAAGGUUCCUGAGUGGUGGUGGGUGUGCCUGGGAGGGGCUGGUAAGGUGUAGACUGAGGCAUUACCACUAAGCUCUCUAAUCUGGCUGUUAACAUAGUGUGAUAUUGGGAUUGGCAAAGUUAAAUUAAGAUUAUCCUCCAUUCCCUGUGGUGAAAAUUGGUCUUUCAUUAGAAAUUUUGAAUAUAAGGUGUGUAGGAAUGCUUGUAAAUCUAUGGCUGUAUAUAUGUCAGCCUGAUAUAUACAUAUUUCUCUCUCUCUCUUUCUCUUACAUCUAAAAUCCUUCAUUAAUCAGGAAAGGCAUUAUAAAAACAGUAAUAAUAGUAACAUUUUCCCUGACAUUUACUGAGAGCAGGAUGAAAAAUCAUUAGUAUGUUCCACAGGGGAAGUCCAAACACCUAACACACCACUCCCAGACCCUUUCUGAUCACUCUGAGCCCUCUCUUAGGACCACAAGGCAAUACACGUGUCUCUCCAGUAGUCCACAGAAGCCCUCCACCGAGCCAGUCAUCCAAAUCAUGCUCUGAGUCACUGCUUCUUAUGUUUUGAUUGCCUCCUCCUCAAUGUUCCGGUACAAAUUAAUUAAUUUUUCACUGUUGGGUUUUUUAUAGUUUAUGUAUGUUAGUGGUCAUGAGGUGGAGGAAGAUAAUUGGAUAAUUGUCCUGUUUAGGUCUUCACAUUUCUGUAGUUGUUACGUUUACCAUGAAAAGUUUUCUAGAUAUGUGUUUAAGUCCUUCUGGUUUCUCUUCCUCUUUCCUUUGUUGUUAUUGUCCAUCUCGUGCAAUAGUUAAAUCGUAGUUUAUGUUAACAGUCUGUAUCCACAUGCUUUUGUGUGCAUAAAAUUGUUCCUUACCAGUGAAAUGAUUUACACAUCAGAGAUCCAUUACUCAGAAUAAUGCUGAGCUCUGUGUGAAUGUUUCAACAAGUGCUCAGUAUUGAUUUACCUGCCAUAUCAAAGUGAUCAUCCACACCCAGUGUUUCCUAGUCUCCCCAUCACAUAUAUACACCCGUAGGCUUGUGUUGCAUAGGUGUGCUGUAGCUUGUGUUACCAAGCAUUUAGAUCAGUGCUGUGACAAGUGCCUCAUCUGUACUCAGUGCGGCCCACUUGGGUCUGUGUGUUAAAGGUACCGUGUGUCUGCACACCAGGAAUACAUGAAGGUUGGUUCAUCCAACACGUGAUGCAGGCAUUGUAUUACCACUCAUUGGAACUAUGAAACCUGAUCAUAUACUUCACCCACAGCCAAGACUGACUGUCGCUGGCUGUCUAUAGCACAGUUUGCCUUGUGAUGGUGCAGCAGGUGGCCCUGAGGUGCUGCCACACUACACACUGUUGUGGUGUGCUGCAGGGACACACUGCUGCUGCCAGUCCUGUUCCUGCAGGCAAGGUCAAACUGCUACAACACAUCUUAAAAGUAACAUGUUAAUAUACUAUAAGUAUUCAGAGUACGGUCUAAGUAUUCUAUAAGCAUCAGAGUGCAGUUAAUGCAUAUAUUAUACUCAUAUUAAAAAUAUUUUCUUAUAGCCAAACAUACAAAAAUUUUGUGGCUUUUGAUGAAUUGCUUGCACUUGUUACUUUGGCACUUCCUCACAGCACUUACUGUGAUGCCAUGUGAGUAGCUUAAGGGAUCGUAGAACUGAUUGGAGCCGGCAAAGGCUGCACUAGCAGAGAUGUUUAUCCAUAAAGAUGUUUCAGAGACAUAGUAGAAGAUAACUAGUGAUGCUUGGGUGUGUAGGUGAAUACAUUGUUGUACAGUGUUGUACAUUUAUGUUGAUAUAUAGUUCGUAUAAGAAUGUGGUUGUGACAAUAAUUUACUGUAUUCACUGAUGGAUUGGAAGGCCACGAAGAAGAUGCCGGCAGCAUAAGACACAAGAUGCCUGGGAAGGAACUGGGAUGCUGAGGACUGAUCCAAGCUUCUUUGUGCGUAGUACUGUUGUAGAUAAUAUCAGUAUUUACUCAUCCACUUUACUUUUGUCAGAUUCUGUUCUUUCAAAAAUUUGCUGCUAAUCUUAACUUUCCAGCAGACUUGUCCCACAGCUGCACUUACACUGUGCACACACUUUGCCUGUUUACUAAUGACAAAACUGGUUGAUUCCUCAUCCUGCAUGACUGGAGGGAAGAUCCAAUUUGAAAAGAGGAUCCAGUGCUACUUAUGGAUUCUGUAAUCACUGAGAUAUGAAUUAGGUGGUUUAUUUUCUUGGCAAAAGUAAAGUUGAAGGCAGCUUUGAGUGCUUCUUGCUGUGAUGGCAAGUGCUUCCUUUUGAGGCAACAUUUAGUUCUUCCAUUAACAACAGUGUUGCUCAAGCACUUUACUGAGUUUUUCUUUUUUUUUUUACAUAUUUGUCAGGAAUGUGUAUGUAUAAAUGUGCCUUCAUGGGUACUCUUUGUGCUUGUAGUCUUCCACACCUAAUUUUGCACCUUGCCAGUGCUAUAAUUAUAUAUAAAGUUGCUUUGUUGUAAUUAAUGUCCACAAAUAUGCUGUUACUUUUCAAGGUGUUUUUAACCUUUACCUAUACAGUGCCAAUAUUUUCCUGCUGCAUGAACCCUGUAAAUGAAGUGCAUCAUCUUGUGUGUGACUAUUGCCAGCAGGUGUUCACUUCUAACAAAAUGUUUACACCAAAAACAAAUGUACCAUUAAUCUCAAACUUCUCAGGGGAGGCAUUCUGGUGUGUCCUCAACAACUCAAAGCUUGUUCACACACAAUGGAUCACUGGGUAUUAAUAUAUUUAUAAUCCAGAAUAGAAUUGUACCAUGAAA